UCUCCGACUCUCAAAAUCUUACGGGUGACGAUAUGAGCCACUACAAAUUCGGCAGAGAACGGCUCUGCCGACCAUUUCCCAAGCGACGCCGCCAGAAACGGUAUAGAAAUCCAGUCGAGGGAAAACUAAACUUAAAAAGCACAAUUUGCUUUUGACUUCUCGACGCACUCAGAAAUCCACAGCUCAUCCAAAAAAAAUGCGGCCCUCACUGAACUUGCUAAAAGGCUUGGCCAAGAGGUGGCCAUUGAAAGCCCAGCCUACGAAGCCCUUCAGUUUAGCUGCAUUAUCAGUAAAAGCACCCAAAAUUGUGAUCGAGGAAAACUUUGAGGUUGUGUCACCUUUCCCACCUGUGGGGCCUGGCGAAAAGGACAUUUGUUCCUUGAGCCUAGAAACUGCAAGAAAGUGGUCUCAUCUCACGGCCGUGGAAUGUGGCAUAACAGGAUUAUCCUACACCUACGGCGAGCUCCUCGACAGAUCGCUCCGCUGGGGAUCGCAUCUGCAGAAACAGGGGAUCGGCAAAGGAGACGUCGUUGCCAUAUUCAUGCCAAACUGCCCUUCUUAUGCCAUUGCCUUCCUGGGGACCAUGACGUCCGGAGCCGCGUUUACGUUGAUUAAUUCAGCAUUCACUGCAAAUGAGGUCAGUUACCAACUGGGAGACAGCAGAUCCAAGGUUGUCAUAGUUCAUCCACUCAUGGAAGGUAUUGUCAUGCAAGCAAUUUCCAGCAUACAAAACCCUCCUAAGGUCUAUGUCGCAGGACCGUCUUCUUCUGGUAACCCAAAUUUCCUGGAAAUCUCCGAGGACAAGAAUAUACCCUUCGUUGAUUUUAAAGAGUUUGCGAGAAACGACAUUUGCUGUCUGCAGUACUCAAGCGGGACUACAGGCCUCCCUAAAGGAGCCACUUUUUUGCACGGAGCCGUUGGAGAUCAAAAUCCUAUGGUGCAUCAACCUCAAUUCUAUGCCAACAGAAGAACCGCUGAGGAAAACCAAGAUGUCAUAGUAGGACUCCUUCCCUUUUACCACGCAUAUGGACUGUACAUCCUUUUGAAUUCCAGCCUUACAUAUGGCUGUAAGUUGGUGACGCUUCCCCAGUUCACACCGGAAACCUUCAUUGCUACACACAAAAAACACAAGGUUGAAGUUUACCACUUGGUUCCUCCAAUACUGCAAUUCUUGGCUGCUCACCCAAUGGUCAAACCUGAAGACCUGACACACAUGAGGGUUGCGAUGUGUACUGCUGCGCCUUGUCCAGAGGAAGUUGCCCAUGCUUUGAAGACUAAAGCACCAAAUCCUGUAUUCUUCCAGGAAGGAUAUGGAAUGUCAGAAACCAUGAUCAUUAACUACACACCGCUGACAGGACCAGAGAAGAUAGGGUCAUGUGGGCCUCUUCUACCUAAUGUUAGAGCGAAGAUUUUAGACAAUAACACAGGGAAGGCGCUCGGACCAGGGGAAGACGGUGAACUUUGCGUCAAAUCCCCAUCAUUAAUGGUUGGAUACCAUGAACGACCUCAAGCCACAGCAGAGAUAUUUACUGAAGACGGAUGGGUAAGGACAGGUGAUACUGCCAGGUAUGACGAGGAUGGUUACUUUUACAUCGUGGACCGUAUCAAGGAACUCAUCAAGGUUAAGGGAUCACAGGUGUCCCCCUCCGAACUGGAGAAUGUUCUCCUGCAGCAUCCUGGCAUAGCUGAUGCUGGCGUUGUUGGAGUAGAUGACAUACGGGCUGGGGAACUUCCAAGGGCUUACGUGGUCAAAAGAAUCCCUGAACUAACAGAGGAGGAAGUUAUCAGUUACUUGGACGACAAAGUGGCCCCACACAAGCAGUUGAAAGGUGGAGUCAGAUUCGUCGAACAAUUACCAAAAAACACAACAGGAAAAUUGCUCCGGAGAGAUCUCAAACAGUGGGCUGCUCAAAACUAAGGAAUGAGAUUCAUCUUUUUCAUUUUGCAGAGGAGGAUUUCAACACUCAACUGUGAUGGACAUACUACAUGUAAAAAAAAAAAGUUGUGAUCUAUAUCAAUAGAGGACAAUGUAAGCCUAAACUUAGUAUAAAAGUAGAAUGAAUCAAGAAGAGUAAUAUCUUAUCUGAUGCUCCAACCUUGGUGUUAUCACUGCUUCUACUUCAGAUGAGAUAAACAAUGACUGGCUUACUGAUAUCAUCUUUGUUUGUACCAUAUCAUUAUGUCUUUCCAACCAUAUUAUGACUGGAUUUUUAAGGUCCUCAUUAUUUUCUAAACUUAUUUUAUCAUCAGUUCGUACCAUAUCAUUUUGAGCUUCUAAGCAAAAUUAUGACUGGAUGUUUUAGGGUCCUUAUUACUUUUCUAAACAUAUUUCAACAUAAGUUUGUACCAUAUCAUUGCGAGUUUCUAAGCAAAUUCUUAUGACUAGAUGUUUUAAGGUCCUGUUACUUUUUAAAACAUGUUUUAUCAUCAUUAUCAUUUUAUCAUAGCUAGACAAAACCAAUUGGUGGCUUUACUGUAUUCUAAUUACAAUAAAGAGAAUUAGAAUUAAUACAA